AUGGUGUUUAGUAAAACCUUAAGAAUAAUCUCAAAGUUUUUUAUGGCAGCGACAUUGCUGUUAUGGUCUCCAACACUUGCAACCGUUUCACUUGCCACAAACCAUACCGAUGAUCUUGCACUUCUGGCCAUCAAGUCGAGCAUCAUUCAUGAUCCCCAAAAUGUUCUUGACUCAUGGAAUACCUCUUUCCAUUUCUGUCAUUGGCAAGGUGUUACAUGUGGUCAUCCGCAUCGUAGAGUUACCAGAUUAGACCUUGGAUCUCGAGGUUUUGCUGGUUCCUUGUCCCCUCAGAUCGGAAACUUAAGUUUUCUCAAAGUGAUAAAUCUACGGAAUAACACCUUCAAAGGUGUAAUCCCACCUCAAUUAGGAAAUUUGUUUAGGUUAGAGCGACUAUUUCUCGACAACAAUUCUUUUGAAGGAGAAGUUCCAGCCAGUUUAUCAAACUGUACUAGGCUAGACACUCUUGUGUUGGGUUACAAUCAUCUAGUUGGGAAGUUUCCACAGCAGCUUAGUGCACUGGUCAACCUGAUGGUGUUAUUCAUUAAUUCUAAUGGAUUUACAGGAGGGUUACCAUCUUUCUUUGGAAACUUCACUUCCCUUAAAGGCUUAUCGGCCUCUAACAAUUAUCUAGGCGGAAGCAUUCCUCACACUUUAGGUCAAUUGUACAACUUGCAAGAAAUUUAUAUUGGUUUUAACCAUCUCUAUGGUACGAUCCCUCCAUCCUUAAGCAAUUUAACAUCUUUAAGAGUUCUUAGUGUAGAAAAUAAUUCAAUCAGUGGAAGUUUACCGCAAGAUAUGGGCUUACAGCUACCCAAUCUUGAGGAAUUUUAUAUAUGGGGUAACAAAUUUAUCGGAAGCAUACCAUUCUCAUUUUCUAAUUGUUCAAACUUGUUACUCCUUAACUUGGGAGACAAUGGUUUUACUGGGAAGUCUAGGGAAUUCGGAACCUGA